GUAUACAAUUUUGCCAAUGGAAAGUUUGGAUAGAAAAGAGGGUGAAUUUGUUUAUUUGAGCAUAAAGACCGGGUUACACAGAUGUAUUGAUACAAAUAUACAUGAUGGGAACUUGAUUGAACUUAAAUUUAAUGUGGAUGGUUUACCGAUAAGUAAGUCAAGUGACCUUCAACUUUGGCCAACACUUUGUCAAGUUCAUCAUGAGGCAAUUUGUUAUCAACCUUUCGCAGUCUCUAUUUUUUGUGGAAUGUCAAAGCCCAUAAGCAACGAUGUUUAUUUCGAAGAAUUUGUGUCAGAAAUGAACGAUCUGCUUGAAAAUGGAAUAGAUAUUGAAGGAAAACACUAUCGUAUAUCCAUUAAGUGUUUCGUUUGCGACACACCUGCAAGGGCUUUCUGCAAAAAUAUAGUGGGCCAUAAUCAUAAAUUUGGUUGUGAACGCUGCAUUGUAAAAGGCACCAAACGUGGUUUUAAACAAACUGUAUUUUUGUCGACGAAUAGUGCAGAAAGAACAGAUGAUUCGUUUCGAAAUCAAAGUCAAAUACAGCAUCAUAAAGGACACUCUCUGCUCAGUGACAUCAGGCUGCCUAUGAAUAUGAUCUUCACCUUUGUGCUGGAUUUCAUGCACCUAUGUUUUUUAGGUGUAAUGAAAAAAUUACUGUUCUUUUGGCUUGAAGGAAAUUUAAAUUUUAGAUUAAGAUCUAGAUUGAGGAAUGCUUUGUCGGACCGUAUGGAACUUCUUAAAAAUGAAGUUCCUUGUGAAUUUCAAAGAAAACCUCGAAGUACAAAAAAAUACAAAAAAUGGAAGGCUACUGAAUUUCGUUUUUUUUUGCUUUAUUGUGGGCCUAUUAUAUUAAAGAAAAUUCUGUCAAAGCGUUUAUACAAACAUUUUUUACUGCUUCACUGCGCGUGCCGAAUUUUAAGCAUGGACAAUAUUUGUAUUCGCUUAAACGGAUUUGCGAAAACUUUUUUAGUGCAAUUUGUAAAAGGAGCUAAAAGUUUUUACGGAAAAUCUUCCCUGACAAUGAACCUACAUAACCUGCUCCAUGUAGCUGACGACGCCAGGACAAUGAAUUGUAGUCUUACAAAAAUUUCAUGUUUUCCGUUUGAGAAUUUUCUUGGAAAAUUAAAAGUAAAAUUAAGAAGUCCCUUGAAGCCAUUAGCUCAAAUUUGUAGACGGCUUCAUGAAGAAGCAAAUGUCAUUAAUCAAAAAGGAAAGAUUUCUCCGGCAAUAGAUGUUCUGAAAGCAAAACAGAAUAAUAUUCUGAAAAUAAAAUUUAAGGAGUAUACAUUAACAGCUAAAGAGCCAGACAACAUAGUUCUGUUAAAAAACAGAAAAUUUUUGAAAAUAAAAAAAAUCGUUAAAAAUAGGGAUGAUAUAGAAAUACGGGGACAAUACUUUAAGGGAAAGAAACCUAUCUAUGUGUAUCCUUUUAAAUCAACUGCUCUAAACAUGUGGGAAAUUUAUCCAGAUUCAUUGGAGGAAUUGCAUACUUUCCCUUUAUCAUUUGUUGAUAAAAAGGGUAUGAAGCUUUCGGCAUCAAUAAGAGAUGAUGCAAAUAAGCGUUACUAUCUCUUACCACUAAUUCAUUAGAAAAAAG